UUUGUGUAGUUGUUAUAAUGUUUGAACUUACAGGAGCUUUAACAUAUAUAUUACCAACUAUGAUAACUUUGAUGGUUACAAAGACUGUGGGAGAUCUUUUUGGAAAGGAUAAGGAAGAAUAUACAUUUGGAGUACCAG